AUGACGCUAACCCUUUAUGAUGGAUUGGGAGAUCCAAAGCAACACAUUAAGAAGUUCCGAUCAAUUAUAAUUGUUAACGGUGCAUCUGACCCUAUUUUAUGUCGCUAUUUUCCUUCUUUUUUAGAUGCUCCUGCACUUGACUGGUUUUGCUCUUUGCCUGCAGAUUGUAUUUCCCGAUUCCAGGAGCUGGCAAAGCAAUUUGAGGAUCACUUCGCAGCAUCUGCGAUAUACCUACAUGAUUCCGACUACUUGACGACUGUUAAACAAGGCCCUCAAGAAAGCCUGAAGGACUACAUCGCCCGUUUUACGAAAAUAGCAAUGAGGAUCCCCGAUCUCCACCCUGAAGUCCAUUUACAUGCCAUCAAAAGCGGCCUCCGUCCGGAAAAAUUCCAGGAGGCUAUCGCGGUGGCCAAGCCAAAGACUCUGGCCGAGCUUCGUGAGAAGGCCAAGGGGCAGAUAGAUAUUGAGGAGCUUCGCCAAGCUCGAAAGUCUGAAAGGUCGGCAUCCACUAAAGAGGACGACAAAGCUCGAGAAAAUAGAAAGAGCUUCAAGCCGACACCUCGUUACGAAUCAUACACACAAUUUAAUGCAAAGAGAGAUGAUAUCAUCAAGGAAAUACUAAAUUCCAAGUUGAUAAAACCUCCUCGGAAAGCCGGGAGUUAUCCAGAGCCAAAAAAUGCUGAUAAAUCCAAGUAUUGCACGUUCCAUCAAAAGUUCGGUCACACAACCGAUGAAUGUGUGAUCGCAAAAGAUCUUCUCGAACGUUUGGCACGACAGGGACAUCUUGAUAAAUUCAUUGCAGGUCAUAUGCAGAAUAGAUCCACUUCUACCGCAGAACCAUCCUCCGCAGAAACUUCAUCAAAAGACAAGGGGAAGGUUCCUACUCAACCUAGAGGUGUAAUUAACUGCAUUUCAGGAGGCUACGCAGGAGGGGGCAUACAAGCUCCGCUAGAAAGCGCACAUACAGAGCAAUGCUCGCACUUGGGAAUACCACCAACAAUGCUGCUCAGCCGGCACAGAAGGUUCCUGAGAUGA